GCCUCGCCGCACUUCCGGGCUUCUGCGGCUAAGAGCUGCUUUUUGGCGUCCUUGGCCGCAGCGGGAGGGUGUCGGCGGCUACACCACACUCGCGCCAUGCUGCUGUUGGCUUUGGGCGGCCGGUGGGCCGCGGGACCCGGAGGGAGGAGGGCUACGUGGUGUGCGGUCGCCGCGCUCCGAGGUUCCGGGGUCGCCUUGUGGCGUGCGGCCUCCCGCGCCGAGCCCUCGCGACUGCUGAGCGGCGGGCUCCUGCAGCGAGCCGAGCUGGGCCUGCGACCCGGGGGAGCGCAGAUACCUGUUUGUUGGAAGCAAUGUGUGCGCUGCUUACAUACACAGUUUGAUAAACCAGAAGAUGGAAGACUGAUUUAUACUGGGAACCUGGCCCGCACAGUAUUUGGUGUGAAAUGUUUCUCUUAUUCUACAAGUGUGCUCAGCCUUGCAUUUUUACCGUAUCUUUCACAAAGUAAUUUGACAUUUGGAAGUCUGCCUUUGCAAAUCUUAUUUUAUGGGAUCAUGGGAAUCUUCGCAGUGAUCACUCCCACGUUGCUCCACUUCCUUACAAAAGGCUACGUCAUUCGGUUGUACCACGAAGCCACAACCGACACUUACAAAGCCAUAACUUACAAUGCCGUGCUUUCAGAAACCAGCACGGUGUUCCAACAAAAUGAUGUGAAGAUUCCAGAGAGCUCACAUAUAUUUACCACCUUUUAUGCUAAAACAAAAUCCCUGUUAGUUAAUCCAAUGCUCUUCCCCAACCCUGAAGACUAUAACCAUCUAAUGGGAUAUGACAAACCAUUCACUUUUGAUGAUAUAGAAGAAGUCAGUGAAAAGAAACUGCAUGGGGAUGAAAAAUGAACAUGUUGUUUGUUUUUGCUUAUGUCAUAUCUGUUUCAGUGUAUAAUAAGAUUGCCUAUAUUUUGUUAUUGUUAAUGUGAAGACACAGUGCAGUUGGUAUAGUGUCUGCCUUACACGAGGCCCUGGGUUUGACCCUCAUCAUAUAAGUAGGAGUGCUUGUGAACAGCUAUAAUCCCAGCACUUGGAAAAUGGAGGUAGGAAGAUCAGCAAUUUGGGGUUUUCUUGGUGAUGAAGUAGGUUUGAGGUCAGCCUGGACUGUGUAAGACCCUGUCUUAAAAACAGAAAGUUGAUCUGGGUGGGGGUGCCUUUAAUCCCAGCACUCAGGAGGCAGAGGCAGGAGGAUCUUCAUGAGCUGGAGGCCAGCCUGAUCUACAAAGGGAGUUCCAGGACAGCCAGAGCUGUUACAUAGAGAAACCCUAUCUUAACAAACAAAAAAAUUGAAACUAUUAAGCAGAAUUGCUAAUUUUCAGAUAAUGAUGUUCCUGUGUAAUAAAAUAUGUUGUUUCUGUUAAAAAUGUGGAUAGUCAUGUGUAUUCAGCUAUAUGUAUGACUACAUUUAUUUUUAUCUCUUUUUGUUUUUAGACAUAGUCUCACUAUGUAAGAUUGGAUGCCUAGAGCUUGCUAUGUAGACCAGUCUGGCCUUGAAUUCAUAGAGAUCUAUCUGCCUCUGUCUCUCCUGAAUGCUAAGUGUGUGAAUAUACUUCUUCUAUUUAAAAACACUUGCAUAAAGUUCAUAAAUUAAAGAAGCAGUUAUUGUGUC